AUGUUGAAUCCCUCUGCCAAAAGGCACAGGGAGGACGAACAUGCCGAGACUGACGAGCCACAUGCGCGUGCCAUGCAGCAGAAGAAGGUGGGCUGGGCUUCCGGAACCUUCCAACUGGCAUCCUUCACCGUUUAUUCCAUUCCUCCUCCGUCCAGUGAUAGAGUCCGUCCAGGCCCUCCAUUCCCUCCUUCUUCAACCCUUACCCCCGCCGAGUCGUCUGACGAUGACCCAAUGCAAGAUGGUGAUCGAGACCUGUCACAGAACCGGCAUCUCGACCUUCACGCCCAAGCUUUCAGUUCCAUGAGGACGCCAUGCGCGGAAUCGGACUCGGACUUUGAAAUGGCGGACUCACAGCCGAGGUCUGCGACCACGCAACCACUGUGGUCUGCUGGGUCGGGCCCAUCGAGACCGGAAUGCAACCUUGAAUCCCCAAUCCCUUCUUUUCUCCUCAAUCGGUCUCUUAGCGUCAGUGGAGGACGCACGGCCACUCCAAUAUUUAGCCAUUUUACAUCGAAUAUGAACACGGACUCUAUGAUGAGGGAUGCUACUCUAUUCCCAGCAGAACCCCAAGUUCCUCACACGUCUCAGCCAGUUCCGACGGACGAGGCAGGUUGGUGGCGGCCCAGAAGGCUUCCGAGCCCUAUCAGUGAAGAUGAGACGCUCGUGAAUCCAGCAGACCCCGAUGACAACCUGGUAUCGCGUCCAGACCAAGCAGGAACGUUUUCCGGUCCAUACAAUCCGUCCACACCGCUCAUCUCGGUCACACCCGUGCAAAACGACGUGCCACCGUCAGGAUCUUUACGCGACCAACCUCAGAACCCAAUGCAAGCGUCACAGGAUACAAACCUUGAGCAUUUGCCCUUGCCCCUAGAAAAUAACUCAGCUGAUAAUAAUGAUCACUUGACUGCGCCGCCGGCUAGGCCUGCGUUCAACUCGAGCAAUCGCUCACAGGUUCGGCCUCUCCCAAAGCGAACUAUUGCCAUGGGAUUCAGAGCAGACUGUGAGAAAUGUCGACAGCGUGUGCCUGGCCAUUACAGUCAUAUCAUUAUCACCAAAUGA